AUGAAGCGAUCGCAGACUGAAGACGGCGGUUUUAUCGAAGAGCGCUACAACAAAAGUCGGCUUACUAACGACGGUUCGCGAGACACGAUCAACAACACAGUAUCGCCGGCUUCUCUAUCUACCUCGCCAACGCACAAUCGACAUGCUUCCCGCCAUGGUCCCAAUCACAAGCGACAAUUUGUGGGGGCGUCGCAGAUUAAAGAAUACCAGUUCCAACAAAAACUAGGAGAAGGUACCUUUGGUGAGGUACACAAAGGAGUACACAAGAGCACUGGUGCGGUCGUUGCAUUGAAACGCAUCCUAAUGCAUAAUGAGAAAGAGGGGAUCCCUAUUACUGCCAUUCGCGAAAUCAAAAUCCUAAAGCAACUGAGGCAUAAAAACAUUGUCCCACUGACAGAUCUGGCGGUGGAUCGAGGCGACCCGGCUAAAAAGGAACAAGGCAGCGUGUACAUGGUGUUUCCUUAUAUGGAUCACGACCUGGCAGGAUUACUCGAAAAUCCAUCGUUGAGAUUGACCACUCCUCAAGUAAAGACGUACAUUAAACAGUUAUUAGAAGGCACUGCAUAUCUACACCAUAACAAGAUCCUUCAUCGCGAUAUUAAAGCUGCUAAUCUUUUGAUCAACAACGAGGGAAUACUCCAAAUAGCAGACUUUGGUUUGGCGCGAGGAGUCGAAGAAGAAAACCGAGAAUAUACUAGCUGUGUGGUAACUCGUUGGUAUCGGCCACCCGAGCUGUUCUUAGGCGAACGACGCUAUACAUCGGCGAUUGAUAUGUGGGGUGUAGGCUGCAUACUAGGAGAGCUACUCAAGUUACGCCCGAUUCUACAAGGAACUGAUGAUAUCGAUCAACUGAAACGGAUUUUCCAUCUUUGUGGUUCACCCAACGAGUCUAACAUGCCAGGAUGGCAAAAUUUACCUGAUGCAUCAAAAUUCCAGUUUGAAUCCUCUCCACGGCGUCUCAAGGACGAAUUCUACAAAUAUGACCCAUUGGCUGUAGACUUGUUGGAUAAACUAUUGGUCUUGGAUCAUCAUAAAAGACUCACUGCCCUGGAUGCUCUGGAUCAUGACUACUUUUACACUAGCCCUGGACCUGCUAAUCCUUCAGAAUUACCCAAAUAUGAGCACUCUCAUGAAUACGAUCGGCGAAGAGCACGUGGAUCGAAAAAGUAG